CAUUUGUAUAUGUGUACAUAAAAGAGUGGGCGACCAAUAAAAAAGAGUGAAAAGCAAACAAACGAAACCAAUCAAGCUUUGGUCAAACAACAAUGGCGGCCAAAAAGCGAGUCAACUACUUCGUGGUUGAUGCUUUCGCUGAUUCCGCCUUCAAGGGGAAUCCAGCUGCUGUUUGCUUUCUGGACGACGAUAAUCAGAGAGACGACGCGUGGCUUCAGUCUCUCGCCACCGAAUUCAACUUGUCCGAGACUUGUUUCCUUACUCCGAUCUCCGAAGAUCGUGGUUUCCCUCGCUUCCGUCUCCGGUGGUUCACUCCAGUCGCUGAGGUGGAUCUGUGUGGUCAUGCAACUUUAGCAUCAGCUCACGUUAUCUUCUCAAACGGUUUGGUUGAUUCACAAGUAGUUGAGUUCGCCACAAGAUCAGGAAUUCUAACAGCUACACGGCUUCCACUUACUUCAGAGCUCAAAGAUGAUAAUGAAGAAGAACCAACCUUCUUGAUCGAACUGAAUUUCCCCGUUGUUCCAACUUGUGAAUUCAACUCCACUAUUAGUGAUCUCUCUCUCUUCUCCAAAGCAUUGAAUGGAGCUACCAUUGUUGAUGUUAAAGCAACAGAGAAGGACAUCCUCGUUGUGCUUUCGUCGUGGGAAUCUGUUACUGAACUGGAGCCAAGACUAGAUGAGAUACUGAAAUGCCCUUGUGAAGGAAUGAUGGUGACUGCUGCUGCUUCUGCAGGAUCUUCGUAUGAUUUCUGUAGUCGCUACUUCGCCCCUAAAUUCGGAAUCAAUGAGGACCCUGUUACUGGAAGUGCGCAUUGUGCCUUAGCACACUACUGGAGCACUAAGAUGAACAAGUUUGAUUUCUUAGCCUACCAGGCUUCAAGCAGAGGCGGAACGCUCAAGGUUCAUCUAGACAAAGAGAAGCAGAGGGUUCUGCUGAGAGGCAAAGCAAUCACUGUAAUGGAAGGAUGUGUCUUAGUUUGAUUUGGCUCUUUUCAAACAAUGACAUGAAACCAAAGAUUAUUGUAAGCUUAUCUUCUCGGAGAUGUAUUUGUAUCCCUAAAUUUUAAUUUGCUAGUGAUGAGAGAUUACAGGAUGAUCCUUCAUCGUCGAGAAUUUCUCCAUUUGUUUCUCAAUCGUUGCCAUUUU